AUGGGGGACGUCAUAGAUUGCAAUUUUCCUGUAUGGGGCCUUUUGCCGAAAAAAGAAACUGGAGUUAAUCAAUUUCUUAUUAAAUAUCCAGAAUAUGAUGGUCGUGGUACCGUUAUUGCUAUUUUUGAUUCUGGAAUUGAUCCUGGUGCUCCAGGAUUGCAGGUGACAAGUGAUGGAAAACCAAAAAUUUUAGCACGCUUUGACUGCAGUGGUGACGGAGAUGUUGAUACAAGUACUGUAGUACAAUCAGAGGAAGGCUUUAUAACUGGUAUUACUGGACGUAAGCUAAAGAUACCAUUUAAUUGGACAAAUCCAACUGGUAAUUACCAUAUUGGUGUUAAAGAGGCCUACCGUCUAUAUCCUACAAAGUUACGUGAAAAAAUAUCGGCCGAACGUAAGAAAAAAUAUUGGGAUGAUGGUCAUAAGUCAGCAUUAGCUGAGGCAACGCGAAAGCUUCAGGAGUUUGAGGCAAGUCAUCCUAAUCCAACGAGUGUAGAAGAUAAGUUGGUCAAAGAAGAGUUGGAAACAAGAGUUGAAGUGUUGCAAAAUGGAGAAAAAAAAUAUCAUGAUGCAGGUCCAACAUAUGACUGCGUCGUUUAUCACGACGGACAACAGUGGAGGGUGUGUAUUGAUACAUCUGAGGAAGGUAAUUUGGAGGCAGGAAUUCAUCUUGGUGAAUACUCACUUACCCAUGAGUAUGCUCCUUUGACUCAGCAAGAUCAAUUGAAUAUUUCUGUAAAUAUUCACGAUGAAGGCAAUACUCUUGAAAUUGUAGGAAUAUGCGCAAGUCACGGAACGCACGUAGCGUCAAUAGCUGCGGCGAAUUUUCCUGAUAAUAAAGAGCUAAAUGGAGUAGCACCGGGUGCUCAAAUAAUAUCCCUAACGAUCGGCGAUAAUCGUAUAGACCCAAUGGAAACUGGAACAGCUUUAGUCCGCGCAAUGAUUUGGAUAAUGCAAAAUAAAAUAAAAGUCCAUGUGAUAAAUAUGAGCUAUGGCGAACAGGUGCACUGGAGUAAUUCCGGGCGUAUAUUUGAUUUAAUGAACGAGGUAGUUGACAAGUACGGAGUAACAUGGGUUGCAGCUGCAGGUAAUUUCGGACCAGCUUUGUGUACCAUUGGAACACCGCCUGAUAUUAAUUCAACAAACAUUAUCAGCGUGGGAGCUUACGUAUCGCCGGAUAUGAUGGUAGCCGAGUACUCGUUGCGUGAAAAGAUGCCGGGUAUGCCCUACACAUGGUCAUCUCGCGGUCCGAUGAUUGACGGGGGUACUGGCAUUACGUUAUGCGCUCCAGGAGGUGCAAUUACCAGCGUGCCCAAUUUUACACUUAGAAAAAGCCAAUUGAUGAAUGGAACCAGCAUGGCCAGUCCUCACGUAGCCGGAGCAGUUGCUCUGUUAAUCUCAGGUCUUCAUGAUAAACACUGUCCUUACUCUCCAUACAGUAUAAAACGUGCUCUAGAGAACACAGCUUUAUACAUAGACACCCUUGACUCAUUUGCUCAAGGCUCUGGGCUUUUGCAAGUUGAACGGGCAUUUGAGAAUCUUGUCGCCAACUGCAAAGCAAUUGAGCGUGACGUCAGAUUUGCAAUAAACUGUGGUGUUAACAACUCCAAGGGUAUUCACUUAAGAUCUUGCGUAAUCGACCGUCCGAAAGAUUGUGCAAUAACUGUUGAACCUAUAUUCCUAGACACUGAAAAUGUCGACGCAACCCGUAAAAUAAAUUUCAAUUUACGAUUAUCGCUAGUAUGCGACGCUGCUUGGGUACAAUUUCCUUCUCACUUUGAACUAAUGCACAUGUCACGUGCCUUUACCGUCCGUAUUGACGGUGUUAAACUACCAGAAGGUGUUCAUGCGACAAAUAUACGUGCCUAUGACGUUGAGAAUGUCGAAAAAGGUCCAGUAUUCUCAAUACCUAUUACUGUCGUUCAGCCAUUGGCAAUACAAAAAUCAAUGAAUUUACCAGAUCUUCACUACUCACGUGUUCUCUUCAAAGCAAACACCAUUGUAAGGCACUUUAUUUUAGUGCCUGAAGAUGCUACCUGGGCUGUGCUGAAAAUAAAAAGCACAGACAAAGAAAAGACUGGUAGGUUUGCUGUUCAGACAGUACAAUUGAAACCACGCUUAGCUUGUCGCACGCUUCAUACUAAUAAAAUGAUAAAUGUCACCUCACAAUCGGAAUCCGUCCAGGGAUUUGCCGUCCAGGCUGGUCUUGUAGUUGAAGUUGUUAUUGCUAAAUAUUGGGCCAAUCUUGGUGAAAUACACGUUGAUUAUUCUAUUGAAUUUCACGGUAUUCAUAUAGUAGAUAGCAAUCUUACAAUGCAAUCUGGUGAUGGAAUCCAUCGUAUGGAAUUACGCAGUAGCUUGAGAAAUGAGGAUAUUGUACCGAGUGUUACAUUAAAAUCAAUUGUUCAGGUAUUACGACCAACUGAUUAUAAAAUAUCACCGCUUGGUGCACGUGACGUAAUACCACCCGCUCGUCAAAUUUAUGAAUUGCAAUUGACGUACACAUUCCACAUUGCCAAAGCUACUGAGGUAACACCCAAUGCCGCUUAUUUGAGUGACUUACUCUAUGAAAGCGAGUAUGAAAGUCAAUUGUGGAUGCUUUAUGACUGUAAUAAACAUCUCAUUUUUUCUGGUGACGCUUUUCCUUGGAAGUACACUGUUAAAAAAUUAGAAAAAGGCGACUAUACAUUAAAAAUGCAUGUACGUCACGAAAAGAAAGAUUUAUUAGAACGAUUGACAGAAAUGGCAAUACUGUUAAGUCAAAAAUUAAGCUCGCCUGUUAGUUUAGAUGUUUAUGCCAAUCAUUCGCAAGCUAUUGUCGGUGGGAAAAAAAUGGUAGCUGCUACUGUACCACCAGGACAUAUUCUUCCAGUUUAUAUCGCUCCAAUGAACAAUGAAAGCAAAAUAUCAAAAGCUGCUACCUUGGGAACUUAUCUUCAAGGAGCAGUAACUUUCUGUAAAGACGAUGCACGUAAAAAAGUUGACUGUUAUACAUUUAAGUACGUACUCUCAGAGCCAGCUAAAAAAAGUCCGACAGUAGUUAAGCCAGAUGAUGAAAAGGUCAGCAAAUGGGAGGAAUAUCAAGAUACUUUGCGAGAUAUUAAGUGUACAUGGCUCGCUAAAUUAGAGGCAACUGAACAUGCAACAGCUUUGUACAAUGAAUUAAGAACAUCAUACCCUGAGCAUUUACCAGUACACACUGCCAUGUUGACAUCGUUAGACUCGCCAGAAGCGCGACGUCUUCUUCCUCACGAUGAUCUCUCAGAAAGUGCCAUUAAUUUUGCUGACCAAAUGAUUGACGUCGCAGACAAAGUAAUCACAGCUAUCGAGCAAGAAAAAUUACUUGCCUUUUAUGGUAUGAAACACGAUCAACGACCAGAUGCUAUGAAGAUAAAAUCAACCAUGGACAAACAAAAGAAUCUUUUAAUUGAAGCAUUUGUUAAGAAAGGUUGUGCUUAUGCACGAUUAUAUAUUCAUGCGAGAAAACGCGGUGAAACUGAAGCUGCAAUGCAUCUUGCAACAGUAACGCAAAUUUGGAACGAUGUACAAAAGUAUGCCGAGCCAACGGAUAGCAAAGUUUUAAUUUUAUCACUGUGGCAUGCACAUAUUAAUAAACAUUAUGGGCGUUAUCUAAAGCUGUUGACUCGUUUCUAUGAAGAAAAACCAGUAAGAGAUAUUGAUGAGAAGUUUAUUGAAAUUACAAGGACUGUUGGUUGGGAUCACUGGACACGUUAUUUAACAACGAGCUUACCUACACGAUAUCCAAAAGCAUACAGACCGUUUUAA